AUGGCAGCAUUCAAGUGCGUUAUGUCAAUCAGACGUUGGGCCCAGGAGACAUUCAAGGAUGAUCGUCUCUUUAAAUUCAUCAACCUGACCACCGAGCAGGAGAUCUCCUCAAAUCCCGAAUAUUUAAAAAUGAUCGAUAAUUUUGUGUUCUCGGAAUCUGGGGCAAACGAGAAUAAUUAUGCAAAUGUUGAUGACAUCUUGAAGCAUGCUGUGAGCAAUAACGUAGAUGCUGUGUGGGCGGGGUGGGGGCAUGCAUCCGAGAAUCCGGAACUACCAAAUGGUCUCAAAAAGCACAAUAUCAUAUUUAUGGGUCCGCCGGGAGCGGCUAUGUUCACAUUGGGUGAUAAAAUUGCUUCAACAAUACUUGCACAGGUCUUUUUUUUUUCUCAGAUUGAGCUUAAUUCAGAUCCGAGCAUUUCAAAUUGUGGUGAAAGGUCGGCUGGUGUGCCAGUAGUGCCGUGGUCGGGUAGUGGUAUCUUCUUACCGAAAGAGAUGUGUGAGCAAGGAGCAAGUGCGGUCGAGGUGACGCAGGAGCUGCGUGCCUCCGCCUGUGUUAAUGAUCACGAAGAGGCAAUACAGGUUCUAAAUGAAAAGAAAAUUCCUUAUCCGGUAAUGAUCAAAGCGUCAGAAGGCGGCGGUGGUAAAGGAAUUCGUUUGGUCCGAAAUGAAUCCGAAUUCGAAGUUAAUUUUCGGAGAGUGCAGGCGGAGGUAGCUGGCGGGCAUAUAUUCCUGAUGCACUGUUUGGAAGGUGCUCGACAUAUCGAGGUGCAACUUCUGGGCGAUAUGUACGGUGAAGUGAUUGCUUUGCGAACACGCGACUGUACUGUUCAGCGGCGAUGUCAGAAGAUCAUUGAGGAGGCGCCGGCGAUCGCUGCACCCUUAGUUGUGCAACGAAGCAUGGAAGCGGUUGGCUAA